CACUCGGUUCAUAGGAAAAUAAAAUAUUAAAGACGUUUUUAAAAGAAUGAAAGAUUAAGAAAAAAAAACAAUAGUAAGACAAAAUGGUGCUGAAAUAUGCGGCGGAGAUGCUGGCGCAGAAUGGGUAAUACGAAGAUUAAUAUUGUCCAGUUUCUUGAUCUUCCUUUCCACAAGAAGGACUAAAGAAUUGCAUUUCAAAUCGAGAAUUCAAGAAACAAAGCAUAAAUGACCACUGUCGCCGAUCAAGCCUAUGAUCGUCUUAAACAAAUCCAACAGUUUGAAGAUUCAAAGCUUGGAGUUAAAGGCCUGGUUGACUCCGGCAUCACCUACAUCCCUCGUUUCUUCAUCCAUCCACCUGAAACACUCUCCGAUCUCAAACCCACCACCCCACUCCAACCAACCACCAUCACCAUCCCCACCAUCGACAUUUCUGAUCAACGAUCAAAAGUAGUCGAGCUAGUGGCACUUGCAUGCAGGGAGUUCGGAUUCUUUCAGGUGGUUAAUCACGGGAUUCCCCAGGAGGUUCUAGGCCGUAUUAUCAGAGCCGUGAAGGGGUUCCAUGAGCAACCGGCGACGGAGAAGGCACGGUGGUAUUGUAGGGAACUCGGCAGCGGUGUAUCGUUCUCGUCUAACUACGACUUGUUUCAUUCAAAAGCUGCUUGCUGGAUAGACUCACUGCUAAUUAGGACAGGUCCCACGUUGCCGGAGCUUGAGAAAAUUCCUGAUAUAUGUAUAAAAGAGGUGAUUGAAUGGGACCAAAAGAUCAAAUCAGUGGGGAUGUUGCUGAUGGAGAUGUUAUGUGAAGGGCUUGGAUUGGAAGCAAAAAAGCUCGAGAAAAUGACUUGCUUGGAAGGAAGAGCCGUAGCCGGACAUUACUAUCCCAGCUGCCCCCAGCCAAAUCUCACCUUUGGAAGCGAGUGCCACACAGAUCCUUCGGUUUUGACGAUGUUGCUACAGGAUCAUGUCGGCGGUUUGCAAGUCAAAUGUGGUAAUGAUCGUCAAUGGGUGGAUGUUCAACCUCUCCCAGGUGCUCUUGUUGUUAAUAUCGGCGACAUUCUUCAGAUGAUGUCUAAUGGUGAGUACCGAAGCGUAGAGCACAGAGUGUUGGCUAAUUCUUCGCAGGAACCGAGAAUUUCUGUCGCCGUUUUCUUCAACCCAAGUGACAUGAUACGCUUAUGUGGACCCUUUGCAGAGCUUAUAUCGCCGGAGACACCACAGCUUUACAAGCAGUUCACUCUCGCAGACUUCAUGCAAAGGUUCCUCUCAAAAGAAGUAGAUGGCAAAUAUAUGACUAAUUAUUACAAGUAUUAAUAUUAAUUGUCAAGUGAGUUCAUCAAAAUUGACAUUAAUUUCUAUUUUGUCUAUGUAUUUAUUUUUAUUAAUAUUUGUAUUUAUAUAUUUAAAAAUAAAUUAAACAUUCUGAAGAUUAUGAGCAACCAUUUCCAGUUAUAUUUCCACUUUAAAUAAAUAUAUUUGACUAUGAAUCAUUCAAAAGGACGCAGCUGUAUGAAACAUGAAUAAGAUAAUUCACUGGAUUUUUUGACAAAACACCAUGCACCUUGUUUACUCUUAACUGAAAUUUUCAGACAGCAACUCCGAACAGUGGAGGCGAAGCAACUCCUACCAUCAUUAUUUGAUGUUUGAG